UUUAAUUUCCUAUGAUAUUCUCUUCCUAUAGUUCCUAUAAAACUCCUCGCCUUGCGAAUCUCAGAAGAUCGAAGAAACUUUUUUUCAUUUUAUUCUUCCGUAAUCGCUGCUCUGUAAGGACUAAGGAUUACUCAUGGAAGACAUGAGAGCUGCUCCGCCGCCAGCGAAAAAGAAGCGCCUUGACGUCGCGCACUUGCAGAGCACCCCUUACUUCAAGAUGCGAGCCAUAGUCAAAGAGCUUCGACCCCAUAUCAUCGAGGUUCUCCGUACUCCUGACUUCCGGAAUUGCAAGGCGGCUACUGAAAUUCGUCAAGAGCUGAAUCUUCUGAUGGAUCUUUGCAAAGAAAUGGCAGCAGAAACAACCGCACCAGAAAAACCUAAGAAUGCAGCCGAAGGUCGUACUUUGUUGGAUAAUAUCGAGGAUGGACGAAAGCCUGGUUCUUUCCACCAAAACACGAAAGCUUCAGAGAAGCCUUCGUCAGAGAGGCCAUCAAUGAAGCCUUCUGAAGAUCACAAGACAAUCUCCUCCGAAAAUCUCUCCUCAAAUCAGCACACUGUCGAUGCCAUUGCCCAAGGGACAUACAUCGUAGGUGGAUCAGCGUUCGGGUGGAAUUUUAUAGCGUAUCCUGGCACUACGACAGUGUACUAUGGCCGAACAAAGGAGGCCUUCCGAUCUGCAAACCCAAAAUCUCAAUGAGAGCUGGCGUAGGCUUCAAUUUAUGCCAAUUUUAUGCAAAAUGAACAGGCGGUUAACUCGGUUUUGUAGUUUUGGAGCUCAGCAGUUGUAAUCUACAUGAUCAGCAUUUAUAGUUUGCAGACUAACAAGAGUUUUAAGGUGUUAGUGGAACAUCAAGUGUGUCAGCUUCAUAGUUUUUUUUAUACUGGUUUUCACAUGUAGAUGCUGUAUUUCUGUGGCAAACAAAUCUACUAAUCAAGUCCAUGUCAAAAUGAAAUUUUUAUAUGUUAUUCAUUUGUUGUUUAAAACUUUAGAUCAAAGCUUGUACCAGACAUUUUGAUUUACAGGAAAGCCCUCGGUUAUUGCCCAAA